ACGGACUGGAUCAAUCAAUUGCUUUAAAUUGUUUGAUUAGUCCAAGUCACAUUUUUCUUUUGAACCGUACUAACAUUCCUCUCUCUCUCUCAUGGAUGACUUCCAGCUCCUUUCAGUCUUCAAAUGACCCGAGCCUCCCUUCUUUCCCUCUCCUUCCAUGUCGAAAAAGAAUCUUCUCUCUCUCAUCAAACCCCCUUCCUGCAAAAAGCCCAAAUCCCCUUCACCUCUCCCCCAAGCCAGAAUCCGCCGUCUUGCAGAGAAUAUCUCCGAAAUCCUCAAAACCCAUCAAUCAUGGGACGAAAUCCUCGAAACCCAAUUCGCCCAAGACCCCGAAAUCGCCGUAUCCGACGUCUUGGAUCGAAUUCGCGACGUCAAACUCGGCCUCAUGCUCUUCAGCUGGGCCUCUCGCCGGAACGGCGGAUCUCCCAACGCUUCCACUUAUUCCGCCCUCCUCAAGAUCUUAGCCCGGUCAUCAGAGUUUCAAGAAAUUGAAUCGGUGCUGAAAACGAUGAAGAGCGAAAAUAAAACCCCGAACCGUGAAGCAUUCGAUGCUCUGAUCAUAGCCUUUUCCCGUGCUGGGUCAGCCGAGAAAGCCCAUGAGCUCUACUCCGUUGUGAAGGAAACACAUUGCUGUUUGCCGAGCGUUGUUGCCUCAAAUUCGUUGCUUUCUGCUUUGAUUGCCCAUGGGCAGAUUCACAUUGCUUGCCAGGUAUAUGACGAAAUGCUCAAAAGAGAUGAAAAUGGUGGUGAUGAUGUUUGUAUUGAUAACUGCAGUACUUUUAUAAUGGUGAAAGAAUUGUGUUUAGAAGGGAAGGUUGAUGAAGGCAGGAAGCUGAUUGAGGACAGAUGGGGAGAUGGGUGCAUUCCGAAUGUCAACUUUUACAAUAAACUCAUUGAUGGGUAUUGCAGGAAAGGAGAUAUCCGACGUGCUUAUAACCUUUUCAGAAAAAUGAAAUUGAAGGGGUUUCUUCCCACACCGGUGUCCUAUGGAACCAUCAUUAAUGGGUUUUGCAAGAAAGGAAAUUUCAAGGCAGUUGAUCAGCUUUUGUCAGAAAUGAAAAUAUGCGGAUUGAAUGUCAGUGUGGAAAUUUACAAUAAUAUCAUGGACGCCCAAUGUAAACAUAUUUCUAUAGCUGAAGCGAUGGCGACUUUUAGGAAAUUAAUUGAAAGCGGUUUGAUCCCGGAUAUUACGACCUAUAAUAGUCUUAUCUCUGGUUUUUGUAGAGAGGGGAAGGUUCCAGAGGCUGACAAUCUUCUAAGAGAGGCUAUGAGAAGGGGAUUGAUGCCAAAUAAGUUCAGUUAUACCCCUCUUGUUCACUUGUAUUGUAGGAAUGGAGAGAUUGUUAAGGCAUCGAAUUUGCUCAUCGAAAUGAUGAAGGGAGGGCAUAGACUGGAUUUGGUGGCUUAUGGAGUUCUCAUUCAUGGGCUUGUUGUCGCUGGUGAGAUUGAUGAUGCGUUGGUGAUCCGUGAUAGAAUGAUGGAGAGGGGAGUGUUUCCAGAUGCCGGUAUUUAUAAUGUUUUGAUGAGCGGACUUUGUAAGAAGGGGAGGCUUCCGGCAGCAAAGAAGCUGCUUGCUGAGAUGCUUGAACAGAACAUUCUUCCGGAUGCAUUUGUUUAUGCUACUCUGGUUGAUGGUUUCAUUAGACAUGGGGAUCUUGGUGAAGCAAGAAAGGUGUUUGAGUUCAUGGGGGAUAAGGGUAUUGAGCCUGGUGUCGUUGGUUACAAUACCAUGAUCAAGGGUUAUUGUAAAUUUGGGAUGAUGAAUGAUGCGAUCUCAUGCAUUGGUAAAAUGAUAAAGGACCAGGUUUAUCCUGAUGAAUUUACUUACUCAACUGUCAUAGAUGGAUAUGUAAAACAGAACGACAUGGAUGGGGCUCUAAGGAUAUUUGGUGACAUGGUGAAACGGAACCGGAAGCCGAAUGUCAUCACGUAUUCCACACUGAUUAAUGGAUUUUGCCGGAAAGGAGAUUUGCAGAGAGCUGAAGAUCUAUUUAGAGAGAUGCAAUCCUGUGGUUUGAUUCCUAAUGUAAUUACAUAUAGUAUCCUUAUUGGAAGCUUUUGUAAGGAAGGUAAUCUUGAGAAAGCUGCCUCAUUUUUUGAAACAAUGCUGUCUAACAAAUGUACCCCCAACAAUGUCACAUAUCAUUAUUUGAUCAACGGGCUCACGAAUAACAUGUCUGUUCUUGCUUCCGUCGAAGGACAUGAAUGUCAAGAUCACAGCGAGUCUUUGCUUUUGGAUAUGUUCAAAAUUAUGGUAUUAGACGGAUGGGAUCCAAGGACUGCUGCAUAUAAUGCUAUCUCCAUUUGCCUUUGCAAACAUCGAAUGCUCAAACAUGCUCUCGAGUUGAGAGAUGAGAUGGUAAGCAAAGGCUGCCUGCCGGAUUCUGUUACCUUUGUUUCCCUUAUAUAUGGUGUUUGUGUGGAAGGAAAAUUGGAAGAGUGGAAGAGCUCUCUUUCUUGCAGUUUUGAUCAACGGGAACUCAAUGUUGCUCUCAAGUACUCAAAGUUGUUAGAUCAAUUCCCAUGUCAAGGAAUGACUUGUAAGGCUUCGCAGGUUUUGCAAACCUUGAUUGAGGAGCACCAGUCUGAACUUGAAAUGAAUAACCAAGAAGUGACCCAAGUACUCAGCCACUAGUAAUGGGAUGAAAAAAAAAAAUUAUAUUCUUUGGUUUCGAAGAUUUGUGCAAAGCAACUUCAAUUGACCCAAGUACCUAGCCACUACUAAUGGGUUUGCAUAAAACAGGCGCCGGUGCUUCAUGACAAGCCUCUAGUUGGGUGUGAGCUACAAUUGACAUCAGUAUUCUGAGCUUCUGUGUUACCUCAUGGUGGGUAUGAGCUACAACAGAAUGAUCAUAUGCACUGCUCCUCGUGGCACCAUCAAGGUCAACCUAAGCUGUUGGUCAGAUACAUAUAUAAAAAAUAGUACAUUGUAUGUCGUCAGCAGGAGCCCACAUUCGGAGAUCAAAAGAAAUUUUAUUAUGUUCUCGUGGGUGGUUGAGUGUUGAUUGAGAAUACACAUUGAUUUAUUUCUAUGAUCACGCUUAACCUCCAAUGUACACAAACGAAUUGGUUUUAUUGACUGAAGAGGGAAAUGAUUAUUUCCUAGGGUCAGGAAAGGACAUAGGACAAGUUUAGGAGAGCAACGUAGCCAUCUGCAUUGGUCUCAUACACAGGACUGCGCAAGUUUCCUUGGGAGUGUGCUACUGUAACUAAGAUCUUAGUGUCAUUUGUUUUUCAAAUGGUAAAACUGUGUGAUCAAAAUACAGAUGCUCUUGAUACUAAGAAGGUAUUCGACAUCUUUAUACCAUUUCCAGAGGCACAACCAAGAAUUACCAAGUAAUCAUUUUAUCACCUCAUCCAUCCUAGCAACACCCAAAUCCUGUUUCCACUAGUCUGUUAAAAAAUGU